GCGACAUCAUUCGCGGCCUCGCCUGUCAAUCACCGGGCCUGGCGAUUGCUGAGCAUCUCUGACGGAGGGAGAACUGUUUGUAAACAAAACCGUUCUCUCCCUGGUCAGCUCCUGCACACUGCUUUUCAUGGCUGCAGUGUGCUUAGAGUGAAGCACACACACAGGACACAGCGUAAAACGGCACACAGUUAACCCUUUGAUUACCCCUCAUGUUAACCCCUUCCUGCUCAGUGCCAUUAGUACAGUGUCAGCGCUUUUUAUUAGCACUGAUCACUGUAUUGGUGUCACUGGGGAUGUCAAUGAAACAAAGUCAGUUCCCCCCAGUGUCAGAAUGGCUGCCGCAGUCCCGCUAUAAGUCGCUG